UAGCCUAUAAAUGAGGAGACUCCUCUGUAUUACAAUUUCAUUCACUUAUCGUUUAAAACCUUCAUCAAGACAAAUUAACAACUCCUAGAGAAAAUGUCUUGCUGCGGAGGAAACUGUGGUUGCGGAGCUGGCUGCAAGUGCGUUGGUUGCGGAGGUUGCAAAAUGUACCCAGACUUGGGCUUCUCCGGCGAGACGACCACCACCGAGACUCUUGUCCUCGGCGUUGCUCCGGCGAUGAACUCUCAGUACGAGGCUUCCGGCGAGACUUUCGUCGCCGAGAACGAUGCCUGCAAAUGUGGAUCUGACUGCAAGUGCAACCCUUGCACCUGCAAAUGAAGAAUCAUAUAAAACCCUAAGAGUCUGGAUGUUGUGUAAUAAUGGCUCUGAUUUCUCCGGUUGUUUUGCCGGCGACGUGAGUCUUGUUCUUCUGUGUGUGUGUGUGUGUUUAUGGUCAUAAGAUAUCUCUGUAAGUUGUAUCUCUGUGACUAUAUAUAAACCAAAAUUAUUA